CCGGUUCCAGUUCGAGACCAGGGUCACAGUUUGGAACGCGGCCACCGAGCUCCAUGAGACGUCUCGGAGGCAGGGGAGGCGACAGAAGGAAAGGGGUUAAUUUUGAGAGAGAGUCGGGAGGUGAUGGGAGGGGGAGAGAGGGAGAGGGGGAGGGAGGGGAGGAGGGAGAUGAAAACGACAAGAGAAACAGGCGAAGAAGAAGAAGAGGGAGAGAGGGAGAGGAUGAGGAAGACGACUGCGAAGGUGGAAGAUAUAGGAACGGGUAUGGUCAAGAAGGAGACGAUUUAGAAGCAGCGAAAAGUGGUUCACUCGGCGAUCUAAUGAGGUUCAAAUCAAAGAAGAGAGACGAUGUCAAGGUUCUCAAAGCCACGCUGAAGGAGCUGAAAGACAUCGAUCCUCUGGAUUACCUCGCACGAUACUGCAUCAUAGACCAGCAGAAAGUCCCUCACUACCGCAGGGUAUACUGACAAUGUUGACAGAGACUGAAGACGAUGAAAUCGACAUUCUCGAAUUGGAUUUCGCUCUCAAGGCCGUGAACUUUGACCUGAUAUCGGACAGCGAACUCUCGUAUGUAAACUCUGUGCUGGAGAUUGCCGGACGACACAAACUCAAUUUCCGCUUCUUCUGCCUCAUUGCUGCUCUGUCGGAGAAGGUCGUUGCUCUUGAUGAUAUGGUGAAGAGACUCAUUAACAAGAUGGAUUUCGAGGCUCUGGAGGUCAAGUUAAAGAAAUGCAAGGAACUGUUCUACUUGUUGGCCGACUCGGAGCACGAGAGGGUGGAGCAAGGGGGUGUGGUCACAGUCUCUAGUUUAGCAGUAGAGUUACAAGCAGGUGGACUGACCCAGGAACAUGUGGAGUACGUGUGUGAUCACAUGAACCACGAAGAUCGCGGUCUGGUGGAAUUUCUGGAUUAUCUCACCUACGUUCCGCUCUUUGUCGAAAUACACGACAACAUCUACGAUAAUCCGUUAGACUUCACCAGAACUAAAUGACGUAUUUUUCAGCUCGUUUUUACUUGUUUUUGUUUACUUAUCAGUCGUCUUUGUUUUGUUUACAUGAUUAUGACGGUGGUUAAAAGUAGUCUCAUUGAUG